GAAAACAAAUUUCGGUUUCUAAAAAACAAAUUUCCAAUUUUGUAUCUUCACAAUCUCACAAGCAAGCAAACCCUCCUUCUUCAGCUCUUCAACCUCUCUCUCUCUCUCUUUCCAUGGCAGCCUCUCAAGCAAGCCUUCUCCUUCAAAAACAGCUCAAAGAUCUUUGUAAACAUCCUGUUGAUGGCUUUUCCGCUGGUUUGGUUGAUGAAACCAAUAUUUUUGAAUGGAGUGUAACCAUAAUUGGACCACCAGAUACUCUUUACGAGGGAGGAUUUUUCAAUGCCAUUAUGAGCUUUCCGCCCAACUACCCAAACAGUCCACCAUCAGUGAAAUUCACCUCAGAUAUAUGGCAUCCCAAUGUAUAUCCUGAUGGUCGGGUUUGUAUAUCUAUUCUUCAUCCUCCUGGGGAUGACCCAAAUGGUUACGAGCUUGCAAGUGAGCGCUGGACACCUGUUCAUACAGUAGAGAGUAUAUUGUUGAGUAUCAUUUCAAUGCUUUCUGGGCCUAAUGAUGAAUCUCCUGCAAAUGUUGAAGCUGCAAAGGAGUGGAGGGACAGGAGAGAUGAUUUCAAGAAAAAGGUUAGCCGUUGUGUGCGGAAGUCACAGGAAAUGUUGUGAUUCACAGCCGGCGGCUCAUCAUAUGUUGCUUUUGUGAGUGAAGAACAUACACUUAAUGUAAGGAUUGCUUCGCCUGUUACUGUUGGUUGAACUGUCAAGACUUGCUAUCUGAAGUUGACAUCAUGCUUCUUUCAUCAGUUGUGCGUUGUUGUUUCUUCUCUACACGAUCAUUUGUUACAACUUUGAAAAACAAACUGUAUUCUAUGUGUUUUUGGCUAGUGUUUUCGGGACUAGUAGUUUAUUGGAAAUUCAGUUUGUUCAUUUGCAUAACCUUUGCUAAAAAAAUGGUAUUAGGCGCCAAGUUUUGCCUUUUGCUUAUAUAACAUAUUGUGAUAUCAUAUGGGUGUUGCAUCUGAUUUUA